AUCAUAGCAGGAUGCUACCUCCACCACCAUCUUCAACAGACGAAAGAUUUCUCAUUCAUCCGUUUCCAUUCAUUUAUUUGAUGAGCAGGCAUUUUUUGGGCGUAAUCAUCAUCAAUGUUCAAUUGUUUUGUUUUGUUUUAUUUUGUUAAUAAGCUUUCCACACACACAUCUGCCACUUAUUGAUCUUAUUACCUUGACAAAUUCCUAUUGACAUCUUGCAAGUUGUUAGAAAAUAUAUUUAUUUUUCUUCAAAAUUAAAAGUGUGUGUGUUUUAUUUUUACGUUUUAGUUGUUUUUUUUAGGAAAUGGAACGAAACGUAAUUCAGUCAGGCAAAAGUCGUAUCAAUACAAAUUCAUAUGCAACAAAGAAAACAAUUUCACAAGGAAUGUUUGAUGUUGCUCUGUUGACGGCAAAUGCAAGUCAAUUAAAGCAUACACUUACGUUGGGUGAUAAAUCUAGAUUCUAUUUAUUAAUGGUAAUACUCAUUGGUACAUCCAUUUUAUUACAGGUUCUAGUUGGCAUCGUAUUCAUAUAUUUAGGCUAUAAUAAUCUUGAAAAUGAACAACGACAAAAACGUUUAAAUAAUUUGAAUAAUUUAACAACCAUUCUGGUGUUUAUCAUCACAGUGGUCAAUGUGUUCAUCUCUGGUUUUGCAUAUGAAGAUGGCAGCCAUAUAAUCAAUGAUUAUGAUUUCAAUUCAACAUUGUACAAUGAUCAAUGGUCAAAAGCCAAUCAAAGAUGGAAACAACAAAAUUGAUGAAAUAUUAGAAAAAUAUCAAAUUUGUAACCAAUAAAUAAUCAUUA